AUGAGCAAUACGCCCAUUUGGCUUCUGAAUGGAACUUCAAAGGAAGUAAUUCUUAAAUCUGUAUUAAAAGAUAUUAAUGCAAUGGUGCACUAUGACGAUAUUCAAAAUAUUAUCCAGAGCGCAUCAUUUGCCACUCGUGUGAAUUAUCUAACAAAAGUAUCAAUUAUUGUGUUUUUGUUUCUUAGAAGUAAAUCUAUACCCAUUUUAAUAGAAGAUGUAUUGAUAUAUUGCAAUCUAAAUCGGAUUGCAUUCUUGUCUCUGCUUGUUAAGAACAAGGGGAUAGUUUCUAACUCAACAGUAUCGAUAGAAUAUGUUCUAAAUGUUUUAGAUAGAAUUUAUUCUUUGUUUGAUCCGGAGAUCACUCUUACAUAUGACUACAUAAAGGAAAAGGUGCUUGUUCUUUUUAAUAGCACUUAUUACCACAACAAGUCUCCACUGACUUCUAUUUUAAUUCUGUCUUUUUAUAACGACAAAAAAAAGUUGACAGAGAUAGUUAAAGAGCACUAUAUUAGCAUUACAAUGUACAGCGUAAAUAAAGAAAUAACCCGAAUAUCUCAAAUAAUUAAAGAAAAAAUUAAAGAGAAGAGAGAAAUAUUAAAUGAAAAUAUAGAUAAUAGAAAAGCAGAAAUGCGUGAGGACCUAGAAAAUCAAGAGCAGAUAGAUCUGGAUGAAAACAGCUGUAUGGACGGAGUAUCAACUGCGUAUGGUAUUUUAAAACAACAACAGGAGAGAGAGAACAAGAUAGACCGGGCGAUAAGUUUGUAUAGGAAUGGGAUAGGCACUAAUAAUAAAUAUGCAACCGAUUAUGAGGGCUUAUUAAUAGAAGGGAUGGUUCGGAAAGGGUAUAGCAAAGAAAUGAUUAUGAGUCUGACACAUAAAGGGCUUGAGUAUUGUUGUAGAUAUAAAUAAAUCUCACAGGG